GCUUUUCGUGUUAGACUUAGAAUUAAUAUUUACCUAAAGACCCAAAUGCUAUUGUGUAAUUAGCCUGUUAUUUACCACUGUGCUAUUCUCAUGUUACUCUCGGACAUAAGCAACUUCCCCAGCACAGAGUGUCAUUUCUGCUUUGUCUGGGUCAACUAUCUCUCAGCUCAUUUUGGAGAACAUUUGAAAUCAACACCACAACACCGUUUUGUGAAGUCAAUUAAAAUAUAAUUACCUAUUCUUUAUACCAUUUCCCCUUUAUCUUCGGAUGACUGAUUUGAUCUAUGUGUGUUAUCUUGGUUCAAAAAUGGGAACAAUCGUUUUCUUCAGUGCCAUGUUUUUGUCAGGUGUGUGGGCCGAUUGUGUGAGGAAUGCUAAACUGCUUGUUAAUGCGCCAACAAAAGAACUGAAAGCAUUGAGUGGGUCCUGUUUAGAAAUCCCAUGUACUUUCAGAGCUGAAGGACAGACUAUGGACACCUCAAAACCAAUAUACGGUGUAUGGAUUAAAUCUGAUCCCAGAAUUAAAUUUACAAAUAACAUUAUCUUCAACAGCAGUGGGGCAACCACAAGAUAUCCCAUGAAAAUUAUUGGAAACAUGGCACAGAAAAACUGCACUACGAUGUUUUCAAAUCUGACCACGCGACACACAGAUAAAUACUUCUUCAGGGUUGAGAAUGAGGCUUUCAAGGCAACUGCGUCCUGCCAUAUCAUUCAAGUCACUGUAAAAGACUCCUGGAGCCCCAUAAUUCAAAUCUCUGGUAAACAGACAGAGACAGAGGUGGUGACUAUAACCUGCACAGCUGUCACUCCCUGUCCACAUGCCCCUCCUCAGCUCACAUGGGACCCCCACCAAGGCACUCGCCACAUCACAGAGACCAACGCAGACGGGACAUUUACCACUAAAAUAACGCAGAAGGUGACUUUAACACACUCUGAUGAUGGACGCCAGAUAAAAUGUACUGCUGCGUAUCGUAUCAAUGGAAAGAUCAAGAUGGCUGCAAAUACAAUCAAGCUCAAUGUUACAUAUGGUCCUAAAGACACCUCCUUUGAAGUCAGUCCGUCGGGUUCGCUGUCAGCAGGUCAGUCAGUGACACUGAGCUGCUCCAGCAGAGCCAAACCUCCUGUCCACAACUUCACCUGGUUCAGACACAGCUCUCAGGGACCAGCCAAUGUCAGCCAGAGACACACGUACAGCUUCAACUUCAACGAAGCUUCACAUGGAGAAUAUUACUGCGUGGCCUGGAAUAAAGUCGGAAAACAAACAUCUCAAAUGAUCCAUGUGGGCCCUGGAGGUAACACAAGAAUUUUAUUUAAAGGCACUAUGUAA